AGGAACAUAAUAGUUAUUAUUACUCGGAUGUAGACCACAUGCUGUCCUGGAAAUGAAUCAGGAUCUUAUGACCGUUUUUCUUCCACGCUGGUACACUCCGUCGAUUCGUAGAUCGCAAGAUGAAUCAACGAUAAUUACCCACGGCUUUCCCGGGGACGAGAUGUGUAGGCAGAUUCUCGCAUGAUCUGAUGGGUUCCUCUAUUUAUAAUUGUCGACCGCAAUAUAUCUUGCGUGAAAUAACAUAGACCUAUUUCACAAAACUCACAAGUAUCUUCCUGGUAUAUUGUUUGGUAGCAUUGGCGAAUUUAUGUAUUUUUCUGCUGGUAUCAGAACGCGAAUAACAAGCCAUUAAUUUUACUGAUAUCGAUGGACCGUUUUGCCUUUAUAGAUUAAAGAUAAGAUUAUAAAUCGCUGAGUUAAAUACGGAAUAAGCCGUAAUACGUGUCAAUACGUUUUUAGUCUUAUAUUUUUCUGAUACUACACUGUUAAAAAUUUCUGCCGUAAAUUUAAUGAAAAGUACUGGAAGCAAAAGUCAAUCACGCACAUUAUAGCAUUUUAAUGUUGUCAAUGAAAAUUAAGUUACGUAACAAAAUUUUAAUGUAACAUGAAUUAAAUUUCAUGCAUAUUAAUGUACAAAUACAAUAAUGUAAAAACUAAAAAUUCAGCUCAGGUUACUGAAAUUUAAUGUGCGUUGAAUGAAAGGUAAUGUUUAUUGGCAUAAAGUGUAAUGUUCAUUGUACAUAAAGUUUAAUGUUUAUUGUGUAUGAAAUUUAAUGUUCAUUGUGCAUGAAGUUUGUUGUUUAUUGUGCAUGAAGUUUAAUGUUUACUGUACAUUGUGGCGUACGCCUAUUGGACAAGCCGGAUUGAACGCUUUUAUGAACACCUGAGAGAGGAAAAAAGACUGUUACGAGUUACGAGUCGCACCGUUCACUUACCACGUGCCAUAUUGUACUGAGUAUUAAAAAGAUUAUUAAAAAGAGUUCCUAUUCUUGUUAAACGUUCAUAUAUUGUGUCGUUUCUUCCUCAAACAUCCUCUAGACGUAGUAGUGAGCUCGAGCUACUUUUAUAGAUACGCAGAACAUCUAUAUUGGUGACCCCGUUACAACACGAGCACGUGUCGCCCGUAUAAAGAUACACGGUGCGAAUCAGGAGGCCGAAGUAAUGCCAAUAGAGCACUCGCCGACCAGGCAGAAAGAAGAAGACACGAAAACCUCAAACUUAUCUCCCAUCGGUGAGCCGGCUAACUUCAAUCUAGGAACAAUGAACACCGGCGGCGGCGGCGGACCACCAGACGGAAACAUCAGCGCUGCACAGACGGUACGUUUACCCCCGUUUUGGAAAGAUAAUCCAGCCUUGUGGUUUGCGCAGGUGGAAGCUGCUUUCGCGAUACAUCGUAUAACCGGCGAUGAUUCAAAGUUUCGCUAUGUGGUGCUGCACGUAGACCAGUCCGUCCUUCCGUUAGUGGCCGACCUAAUAGCUAAUCCGCCAGCUCAAGACAAAUAUUCGACGCUGAAGGAACGCAUCUGCACGGUCUUAGGCGAGACUAGUGCAACAAAUAUCAGAAAACUCUUAGGUUCACAUGAGAUAGGAGACGAGAAACCCUCGAUCUUUCUCCAGCGACUACGUAAUUUGGCAGCAGGUCAAGUGACAGACGAUAUUUUGAAAUCCAUAUUCAUGGAACAACUCCCAGAAAACGUACGUACGAUACUGGAGAUCAGCGAAGUUCAAGAUUUAGCAAAAUUAGCGGCACAAGCGGACAAGAUAAUAGAAAUGGCUAGACCAUCUUCAUCAACAAUUCAAGCAGUCAGCGGAGGACAAAAUAAUUCCGACAAGCUACUGAAAGAAAUAGUAGAAUUGAAACAACAAGUUAAGAAGCUCGCACUAAGGGACAGGCAACGUAGCGGAUCCCGUGGACGCACACCAAGCCGAGGCCGCGCAAAACAACGAGGUAACAAUGACAGCAAUAAGUCAUCGGAAUAUUGUUACUACCAUAACAAGUUCGGAGAUAAAGCAUUUAAGUGCACCCCCCCAUGUUCGUACGACAAAACAAAAUCGUUGGAAAACUAAAAUCGCCGCCACGAAUCCAGACGGCCGUCGGCGGAUCAACAAAAAGCAAACGUCUGGCUAUAACAGAUAAAAAAGAUGGCAUUACAUAUUUAAUAGAUACUGGAGCGGAUAUGUCAGUCAUCCCAAAAAGACUAGUGAGAGGAGCACUCCAACCCACAGAUUUUCAGUUAUUCACAGCAAAUAACACUGUUAUAAAAACCUAUGGUAACCGGACACGCGUCUUAGAUUUAGGCUUGCGACGCCCGUUCAGAUGGCAAUUUAUUGUAGCCGACGUUGUUCAACCAAUUGUAGGCGCAGAUUUUUUAGCGCACCAUGGAAUUCUGCCGGACCUCAAAAAUAGAAGACUGAACUAACCUCGCUAAAGGUGACAGCUCGUUUAGCAGUGGGGAAUCAUACGAAAAUUGCAACAAUUAAUGAAGACUGCAGAAUUAAAGAACUUCUAAGCAAAUACAUCGAAAUCACUCGACCUACUGCACUUAAGAAGACCACACACAACGUGAAACAUUAUAUUGCCACUAAAGGACAACCAACUGCAGAGAGGCCACGUAGGUUAACCCCGGCAAAGUACGCGGCUGCAAAACGAGAAUUCGAAACUAUGUUGGCGCAAGGGAUAUGCCAACCCUCUUCAUCGCAAUGGGCAAGUCCAUUACACCUCGUCCAGAAAAGUAGCGGAGAAUGGAGGCCAUGCGGAGAUUUCCGAAGAUUAAACAGCACGACAGUUGCAGAUAAGUACCCGCUUCCGCAUAUACAAGAUAUCACGCAUCAAUUGCACGGGUGCACUUUCAGCAAAAUAGAUUUAAUAAAGGCAUAUUAUCAAAUUCCAGUGGCCGAGGAAGACCGCCAUAAAACUGCAGUAACCACGCCAUUUGGUUUAUACGAAUUCAACAGAAUGCCAUUUGGAUUGCGCAACGCGGCGCAAACCUUUCAAAGAUUUCUGGACACAGUACUUAGGGGACUUGAUUUUUGCCGCAGCUACAUCGACGAUCUUCUAGUGGCAUCUAAAGACGAAGAGGAACAUCGAAAACAUCUCGAGCUGGUAUUUUAACGUUUAAAGUAUUACGGCCUAUCAAUCAACGUGGCCAAAAGCAAGUUUGCGGAACGAGAGGUAGAAUACCUCGGAUAUACAAUAAAUAAAGAUGGUAUACACCCAACUGCCGACAGAGUCAAAGCAAUAAUAGAGUUCGAAAAACCGAAAAACAUCAGUGAACUCAGAAGAUACCUCGGAAUCAUUAAUUUUUACCACAGAUUCAUCAAAGAUGCGGCAGCUAUAUUAGCACCAUUAAAUGAAUACCUCAUAGGAGCUAA